CCUGCGGGCGCCAUGGCGUCGUGGGCGCUGAGCGCCGCGCUGCUGUGCCUGGGCGCCCUCGUGUACUCGCUGCACUCUCUGUCCCUCGGGGACGACCCCAGCCCGGCGCAGGGACAGGCCAGCACGCAAGGGCCGGCGACCAGCGCCCCGGAAGAGGAAGCGCUCUUCCCGAAGGAUUGUGGAAUAGCACCUCUUCGGGGUGCACUGGAAGGGUCUCGGAUUGUAGGAGGCACGCGAGCUGACGUUGGCAGAUGGCCGUGGCAGGUUAGCCUGCAGAUCCAGGACGGCGACUUGCUUGCACACGUGUGUGGUGGUGCGCUAGUGAGAGACAGGUGGGUCCUCACAGCUGCCCACUGCACGAAAGAGGCCAGUGACCCUCAGAAGUGGAGAGCUGUGAUGGGGACCAAUGACCUCACCCGGAGCCGCUCCUACACCAGGAGUGUCCGGGUGGCGGACAUCGUCGUCCAGCCGCAGUUUGUCCUGGAAACUUUCGUAAAUGACAUCGCGCUGUUCCGUUUGAAGAGAGCCGUGAGGUAUAAUGACUAUAUUCAGCCUAUUUGUCUACCUUUUGGUGUUUUCCAAAAACUGGACCAAAACACAACGUGUUUUAUAAGUGGCUGGGGAAGAACCAAAGAAGAAGGCAAUGGCACAAACAUUUUACAAGAAGCAAGGGUGCACUUCAUCUCCCGGGACGUCUGUAACUCUGACAGGAGCUACGGAGGCCUGAUCCCCAACACCUCGUUCUGUGCUGGGCAUGAAAACGGAACCUUCGAUUCCUGCCGGGGCGACAGCGGAGGCCCACUCAUGUGCUACCUGCCAGAGCACAAGCGGUACUUCGUCAUGGGCGUCACCAGUUACGGGCACGGCUGCGGGCGCAGGCAGUUUCCCGGCGUCUACAGCAGCCCGUUCUUCUUCCAGCAGUGGCUGAUGCAGCACCUGUCCCAGGGCCGCACCGAGCGCACGUUCAACGUGGACGUGGCGCUGGGCCAGAUCCUCAUGGCCCUCGGCGCCGUCAUCCUUCUAGGAGUGACAUAAGGAGACGCCGAAGCCCAGGGUCGUCAGCCGGCCCUGCCCUGCUGCUCCGAGAAGGUGCUUCCUCCGAGGCUCACCUCAGCACUGUGACAGGCACACAGGUGUGAAUUUUAGCACCAGCUCACAUGUU